AUGCGACAGGCACUGGCCAACUUUCAGAGUCUCACGGCCUCGCUCUUCGGCGUCACCGCCGGCAUCCUUGGCCUUCAGUCUUAUGCCGGGUUUCUCUUCUACUUCGCCUUCACCACCAUCUGCGCCAUACUCUUCCACUUCUUCCGCAUAGCCCCCGCAUCCCGCGCCGCCGGCCUCUCCCCGCUCGACACCAGCAUCUAUUUCAAGGGCCCCUUCGAUUUUUGGACGGGCGGCUUCAUGGCUGGGUUACCCGGCUACAUAUUGACUUGGACGCUAUUCUUUGGUCUUGUGAGGGCGUAA